CUGCGUGUGCGCGUUCACCUUUGGGUGUAUCCCUCUAACAGCAGCAGGUACUGCCGCGUCUCCUCCGUGUCUCUCUCUGCUGGGAACACUUGAACCGUCCGGAUGGAUCCGCUCUCCCUGAAGUCGCUCCUGCUCCUGCUGCCGCUGCUCGAGCCCGUCUCCAACGUGGACAUCAAGUCCAACGUCCCUGAUGCCAUUGAAUACAACAGCACUGUGAUUCUUACCUGCAGCGCUAUAGGCUCCUCGCUCAGCUUCAAAUGGAUCAACGGCAGCGCGCCCAUCGUGGUCGACGGCACGCGCAUCACAGAGAUAAAGACGAACUCGUCCAGCGUGCUGACCAUCAAAAAUGUUCUGAGGACGGACCUGGUGGGUCCGAUCUACUGCACAGCAUCUAACUCGCUGACAACGAAAUCUACCACCACCCCUUUCAACCUCACCGUGUACUACGGACCUGAUGAUGUCACCCUCACGCCUGCAAAUCCACCCAAGUUCAUCCAGGCUGGUUCCACGUUCAACCUGACCUGCUCGGCCAGCUCCCUGCCGCCCGCCUCCUUCACGUGGUACUAUAACGGGACGAGGAUCGAGACUUCCAGCUCCGUCCUCACUCUGGAUAUGAUCAAAGGGUACACGAAGAUGGCUAACUACACCUGUCGGGCUGAAAAUCCCAAGAGCAAACGCAGCGUCCCUUCCCCAGCUGUUUCCUUCGCCAUUAUGGAGGGAAUCUCGAGUGUUGAAAUCAUCGGUCCGACUGGUUUCCUCAUCGCCAGCAACAGCAAGGCAAACCUCAGCUGCCAGGCGACGGGGGGCACUGUGGGGAAGGUAGACUGGCUGAAAGAUGGUAAACCUCUUGGGCCUUCCAGCCCUCGUGUGGUUUUUGCCGCUGAUGAAAGUUCUGUACUGAUCAGCCCGCUGCAGAAGGACGACAACGGAAGGUUCACCUGUCGGGUCAGCAACGCCGUCAGCAGCAAAGAAGCCCACUACAACAUGGAGGUCAUCUAUGGUCCUGAACAACCGACUAUAACGGCUAAGAAAGCCGUGGAAGUCAAUCAGCAAGUGGAGCUCACCUGCUCCGCUGCAUCUGUUCCUACUGCCAACUACACCUGGAAGUUAAACGGCACCGCAACUACAACCACAGCGGCGGUGUUCAUUAUUGCAAGUGCAGCAUACAAAGACGCUGGAACGUACACAUGUGAGGCACACAACAUCAUCACCAGCAAGACCACCUCCACCAGCCACAACCUGUCUGUCCAAGGGGAGGGAACGCUGGACGGUCUCUCAGAUGGAGCCAUUGCUGGAAUCGUCAUCGCUGUCAUCAUUGCUGUGGCCCUCGUUGUCGUAGGCGUCUGGUGUUACUGCCGACAGAAAGUCCCUACCUCGCCGUACUAAAGAAGACGUCCUGAUUGCUGCCGGCCUACAGUUCCCAUAGUUGUAUUUCCCAUGAUUCACCUGUGCAGCCCGGAGGAACAGCCAGACGGAUCCAGCUGGUUUCCUGCGAAGCCUCGUCCCUCUGUCCCUCUGUCUGCCGUCUGUCUCAGCGGAGACACCAUUUAACCCAAACCAUGGAUUUAAUCAGGGCUCAAGUUGCUUUUUAUUUCACUUCUCUUACAUUUUUGGAGCUUUUUAUUUUUACCUCCACGUUCCUGUAUCACUGGAUCCUCCUCUCUUCUUCUUCUUCUUCUCUCGCUGUUAACAAACUUUAUUCUUUGUCUCACCGCCGCCUCCUCUGCAAAACUCACAACACCGAGAAACUGAGACUGAGACACUUCCUGAGCUGAAGCUGACGCACUGACAGCUACAAUGAGUGACUCUCUUUAUCCUGCUGAAACCUGAGGAGCACACGCACGCACACAGACACACACACACACACACACACAGACACAC